GGCGUGCUUCCGGGUGGCGCGAUGGGGCGCAGGGCCGGCGUCGCAGGCUAGGGGCGACGAGUGACGGCUCGCCGAGGGUGGCGCGGGCUGGCCUCGGGGCCCUGGAGGGCAGGCGGGCCGGAGAAUCCGAGCCGUUGACUCGCCGCCCCCUCCCGGCAUGUCGGCUCAGGCCUCCGACCCUGCGGCCCCGGCCCCGGCUCUGGAAGCCGCGAAGCCCUCGGGACUGGAGCCCGGCGCCGCCGCCUGCGGUCUGAAGCCCCUGACCCCGAACAGCAAGUACGUGAAGCUGAACGUGGGCGGCUCGCUGCACUACACCACGCUCCGCACGCUCACGGGCCAGGACUCCAUGCUCAAAGCCAUGUUCAGCGGCCGCGCGGAGGUGCUCACCGACGCCGGAGGUUGGGUGCUGAUUGACCGCAGCGGCCGCCACUUUGGUACAAUCCUCAACUACCUGCGGGAUGGGUCCGUGCCGCUACCUGAGAGUACCAGAGAACUGGGGGAGCUGCUAGGUGAAGCUCGCUACUACCUGGUGCAGGGCCUGAUUGAGGACUGCCAGCUGGCACUGCAGCAAAAAAGGGAGCACCUGUCCCCACUGUGCCUCAUUCCCAUGGUGACAUCUCCCCGUGAGGAGCAGCAGCUCCUGGCCAGCACCUCCAAGCCCGUGGUGAAGCUCCUGCACAACCGCAGUAACAACAAGUACUCCUACACCAGCACCUCAGAUGACAAUCUACUUAAGAACAUUGAGCUGUUUGACAAACUGGCCCUGCGCUUCCACGGGCGGCUGCUCUUCCUCAAGGAUGUCCUGGGGGACGAGAUCUGCUGCUGGUCCUUCUAUGGGCAGGGCCGCAAGAUCGCCGAGGUGUGCUGCACCUCCAUUGUCUAUGCCACGGAGAAAAAGCAGACCAAGGUGGAGUUCCCAGAGGCCCGGAUCUUCGAGGAGACCCUCAAUAUCCUCAUUUACGAGACUCCCCGGGGCCCAGACCCAGCCCUUCUGGAGGCCACAGGGGGCGCGGCUGGAGGUGGUGGGACAGGCCGAGGGGAAGAUGAGGAGAGCAGAGAGCACCGUGUCCGCAGGAUCCACGUCCGGCGCCACAUCACCCAUGAUGAGCGUCCGCAUGGCCAGCAGAUCGUCUUCAAGGACUGACCUUGAGCCUUCCCUGCCCCGUUUCUGAGCCCCAGUCCCUCCCUCUUCUCUCUUCCUCUCCCAGACCUUUUCCCCGGCUCUGCUGGCCAAGUCGUGGGUCUUCCUUCUGUCCCCUUGUGGCAUGGUACAGUUCGCCUUGGCCCUUUCUACUCAUGGCUAACACAGCCCAUUCCAGCCCCUGCAGGCAGAGCCCUUUGGAAGGCCAACAUUUGCUCCCUCCUCGCCAUUCUUGUCCCUGCAGACUUCCCCUCACCAGCUGGUUAGGAUGAUUUAGAACCCCCUUUCUCUCUUUAGUUCAUUGUACACAGGAAAGUGUCGAGCCAGCCCUUAGUAACACCCCGCGUUCCAAGCUGCCUCAGGCGGGCGCUGCCUCCUGCCUGCACUCCCCUCCCUGCUUCCUUAACUGUGUCCUAGGCCGGCCUGGGCCUGUACCAGCUCAGCUAUCUUCUCCAUCUGUUUCAUAUUAUUUAUUGUUUUAAUUUUCUAUUAAAUUAUUGGAAUAAUUUGA